AUGUACAGCGAUUACCGUCUUCAGGAAUUGGUACAAGAAACAGUUGCCAAAGUAUUUGAAGCAGCACAAAUGCAAAACUCCACUAGUUUCAACUUGAACUCACGCCGAAAAACAUUGAGUGGUUCGUUCGAUGAGGAAUUUGGACAACAUGAUGAUUCAUACGAAAUAUAUGACCUUCAGAGAGAUGAAACUUUUGAAGAAGAAGCUCAUCUAGGUGAGGGAGAUUUGGCUAGAGCUCACUGGAUUCAGCUUCAUAAAACGAACAAACAAGGACUGAUAGUUCAGAAUGCAUUCAUACAUAUCCUGACCAAGUAUAAGCACAUUCGACCAAUCUGGCAUUUUGGAAAGAACAUAGAAGAUUCAUCGGACGAAUGGAAAACAAUGCUCUAUGAGGAUUUUUAUUUUCGACAUCACUGUGCAUCUAUACAAGCUGGUCUUACAAUGGUUAUGGAGAAUAAGGAUGAUUCAGCCGGAAUGAGGAAAUUAUUAAAUGAGAUAGGCGCCCAUCAUUUUUUUUAUGACGCUUGUGAGCCGCAUUUGGAUGUUUUUGAGGAAGGAAUCAUUGAGUCAAUGAAAACGGUUCUGCAUGGCGUUCAUUCAUUGGAUGAGCAGACAGAAGCUUCAUGGCGUAUGCUACUACUAGAAAUCAAAACAUAUAUGAGCGAAGGCAUUUCCAUACAACGCAAUACAUAUUUGAAACAGUGUAUGACGGGACAAGAAAUUGAUUACAUAAGGAAGCGCUGGAUAUCAGUAACGGAAUUUGGUUUAUUAGAGACUGGAAGACAAUUAUGUGAAAUAGCUCUUCGAACUUAUGCGGAGCUUUUGAAUAAAUAUAAUAUCAAUAUGCCUAUGCCGGAAAUCUCAAAAUCGCACGAAAAUUUUGAUGACUUUGCUAAUCUGACCAUUUCUGCUAUUGAUUUGACAAUCAAAUCAUAUAGAGAUGAUUGUGGGUUCAGUCAACUGACUAGUCAAUUGAAGGAUUUCGUGACUACUUGUUUAGUGCUAGACGUUUGCCCACCUCUAGUACGGAAGUCUGUUAUGCAAGGAUUAAUCAACACGUUAUCAAAAAUCUUAGGAGAGGAAGAAAUGAGUGACGUGAACAUCCAAAUAUGGAGUAAGCUCUAUCGAGUAUUGGAACAGGCAGUAAUUGCGAACAUCAUUGACUAUUAG